AUGUCGGGAUUCCUGUUUUUCCUAGCUCAUGUACGUCCCGAGGUGGCGCGACAAUACCCGGGAUCUACAGUUGGGCCCAUCAGUAAGGUCAUUGCUUCAAAGUGGCGGGACAUGACCGACGACGCAAGGUUACCCUGGUUGCAGAUGGCCGCAGAAGACAAGGCCCGCUAUGCGCGCGAAAUGCGAGCGUAC